CUCGCCCAGCCCACACCCUCACUGCGCCCUUGGCCCCAGGUCCCUCGGGACUCCAAGCGUGGGAGCCCCGGCCCCGCGAGUCUCCCUCCAAGCGCCCCUCGCCCUCCUUCCUUCCUCGCCCGGACGGACGCACUUCCGGCGGAUGUGGGGGCAGCCCCCGGAAACGGAAGUGAGCGGCGGGGCCGGCAGAGGGAAACGGGGCCGAGAGGCGGUGCGGCGAGCGGGCUGAAGAUGAAUUCCAGAGGACUUGGAUCUCAGCUAAAAGACAGUAUCCCAGUUACUGAACUUUCAGCGAGUGGACCUUUUGAGAGUCACGAUCUUCUUCGGAAAGGUUUUUCUUGUGUGAAAAAUGAACUGUUGCCCAGUCAUCCUCUUGAAUUAUCAGAAAAAAAUUUCCAGCUCAACCAAGAUAAAAUGAAUUUUUCCACCCUGAGAAACAUCCAGGGUCUGUUUGCUCCACUAAAAUUGCAGAUGGAAUUCAAGGCGGUGCAGCAGGUUCAACGUCUUCCAUUUCUUGCGAGCUCCAACCUUUCGCUGGACAUUUUGAGGGGUAAUGAUGAGACUAUUGGUUUUGAAGAUGUUCUUAACGAUCCAUCACAAAGUGAAGUAAUGGGAGAACCACACUCGAUGGUGGAAUAUAAGCUUGGUUUACUGUAAUACAGUGUGCUGACAAUGAGAAUAGAGGGGCUGUAUCUUAUGUAGAGCUGUCUUUUUUCUAUUAUUGGAUGUAUACAACAUUAAAAGUACUGACAUACAAUA